CUCCACAUGUCCCUACCCCUCUGAGCCACCGGUAUAUCCAUCUCCGGGGUUGCCCAGACCAGGCAGGCCCCCUCGUGCCACCACCGCCCGGUGCGUCCAGGCCGGGAAAGCGGAACAUUGGCCAUUUGGGGCGGGGGGCGGGGCUGGCGCGGGGACCCGGCCGCCCCUUCCAGCGGGGGCGGGCCGGGCUGCGCCUUUAAAUGCUGCCGGGCCCGUUGCCCGCAGACUGUCGGCCAGGAGGGAGCGGGCGCCUUUCCAGUCUCCGCAACCCGGUCAUGCCCCUCCGGUCCCGGCACCGGCCCUUCUGAGCCGCUGGCGCAUGUGGCCGCGCGCGCGUCCCCGGCCCCUCCGUAGGCGUCCGGCGCCCGGCCCCAGCGCGGCCUCGGUGUCCCCGCCGGCCUCCGGCCGGUCUUCCGCGCUGCCGCCCGCCCCCGGCCCGUCAGCCAUGCAGGCGCGGGCGCUGCUUCUGGCUGCGCUGGCCGCGCUGGCCCUGGCCCGGGAGCCACCGGCGGCGCCGUGCCCCGCGCGCUGCGAUGUGUCGCGCUGCCCCAGCCCGCGCUGCCCCGGCGGCUACGUGCCUGACCUCUGCAACUGCUGCCUGGUGUGUGCAGCCAGCGAGGGCGAACCGUGCGGCCGCCCCCUCGACUCGCCGUGUGGGGAGAGCCUGGAGUGCACGCGCGGAGUGUGUCGCUGCCGCUGGGCUCACGCGGUGUGCGGCACCGACGGGCACACCUAUGCCAACGUGUGCGCGCUGCAGGCGGCCAGCCGCCGGGCGCUGCAGCUCUCUGGGACGCCCGUGCGCCAGCUGCAGAAGGGCGCCUGCCCAUCGGGUCUCCACCAGCUGACCAGCCCGCGGUACAAGUUCAACUUCAUCGCCGACGUGGUGGAGAAGAUCGCGCCGGCUGUGGUCCACAUAGAGCUCUUCCUGAGACACCCGCUGUUUGGCCGCAACGUGCCCCUCUCCAGCGGCUCGGGCUUCAUCAUGUCAGAGGCCGGCCUGAUCGUCACCAACGCCCACGUGGUGUCCAGCACCAAAGCCCUCUCAGGCCGACAGCAGCUCAAGGUGCAGUUGCAGAAUGGUGACACCUACGAGGCCACCAUCAAGGACAUCGACAAGAAGUCGGACAUCGCCACCAUUAAGAUCCAUCCCAAAAAAAAGCUCCCGGCGCUGCUGCUGGGCCACUCGGCAGACCUGCGUCCUGGCGAGUUUGUGGUGGCCAUCGGCAGCCCCUUCGCCCUGCAGAACACGGUGACCACGGGCAUCGUCAGCACGGCCCAGCGGGACGGCAAGGAGCUAGGCCUACGGGACUCAGACAUGGACUACAUCCAGACGGACGCCAUCAUCAACGUGAGCGCGCUCAGCCCUGCCCCAGGACCUCACCCCGAUGGCGAGGUCAUUGGCAUCAACACGCUCAAGGUCGCAGCCGGCAUCUCCUUCGCCAUCCCCUCGGACCGCAUUGUGCGCUUCCUCACAGAGUUCCAGGACAAGCACGUCAAAGAUUGGAAGAAACGUUUCAUUGGCAUACGGAUGAGGACUAUCACACCGAGUUUGGUGGAAGAACUAAAGGCCAGCAACCCAGACUUCCCGGAGGUCGGCAGUGGGAUUUAUGUGCAAGAGGUUGUUCCAAAUUCACCGUCUCAGAGAGGGGGCAUCCAAGAUGGCGACAUCAUCGUCAAGGUCAACGGGCGCCCGUUGGCGGACUCGAGCGAGCUGCAGGAGGCCGUGCUGACCGAGUCCCCGUUGCUACUGGAGGUGCGGCGCGGGAAUGACGACCUCCUGUUUAACAUCGCGCCCGAGGUGGUCCUGUGAUGGUGAGGCCACCUCCCCCCAUCUCCGAGCACCAGAGCCUGCAGCCGAGGACAGGUGCCAGCCCAGUCGUUCCACCCGGAGUUGCUGCCUCCCUUGGAGUCAGGACGAAGGACCGCAGUCGGUCCUCAGCAGAGCCGGCGGCCCCCUCCCGGCUGUCCACAGUCUGGACUUGGCCAGGGGUCCGCGUCUCAGUGUUGGGAGCGUUGGCUCCUGCAUCACAGUGCCCAUGGGGGCAGCCCGCUGUCCCCUUUGUACAAAAGCUCCUGAGGGUCACCUUCCAAGUUCCCCGGAUAAUGUAAAAUGAUUCCGAUACUUGAGAAGACUCCUCUAUCGUGUCCGGAAGCCCACCCUCUCUCCCACCCCCCUGCCUUUGCACCUGAUACCUCUGUCUGAAAUGCCCUCCCUGCUCCUACCCCACCCUCCCCUCCCCGACUCACCUCAGGUCUCAGCUCCCAAGCCUCCCUGGCCCCCCAGGAAAAAGUGAGCAAGGCUGUCUGCCCCUGGAGGGCAGGCUACGUCUGACCCUUCAGGGACUCAGGUGUGGCGGGCCUGGCCCAGAGCGGGCACCAAGGGGUGUCCUCUGGCUGCCUAGCUGAGCCCUGCAGCUGGAGACGAGGUUCCCCUCCCCAGGAGGGGGUGAAGCUGGUGGGGAGCAACAUGUGUCAACACCCUCUGGGCGGGCAGAGGAAGCUGGGACCUGCCAGGAGGAGGGGGCUGCAAGGACUGAGCCGCUUGGCCUUCUCUGUGCUGUUCUGUGUGGAGCAACCGACUCAGGGGACCGCCCCGUAGCAGCAAGAAGAACCCUCCUCUCAGCGGGGAGCAGUGCCUUUCGAGGUGUAUCUGUGAGCUUCGCUUUACAGUCAACCCCCCAUGUUGCUUAUACUGUGUUUCUCUACUGUAUGGAAAUUAAAGUUUACAAGCACAUGGUCCUUA